AUGUCGAAGCCCGUACUGGCCCUGGAACUGGGCAAGCUGUCAAAGGAAACCCCAAAGGCUACACCGCACCUUCUCCCGUGUCGGAUUCACCACAACGGGCCCGUCGAGCCUGUGCAGUCCUUCUGGGCCCCAAAGGUCGGCAAUGACCGCAGCGGCACAGCCUACUUCCGGGGCCGCAAGCUUCAGGGCACUGCCGUGAAGCUGCCAGACGGCUACCGCGGUGUUGUCGCGGUCACCUCUGCGCCUGAGGAACAGUCUCCACGGCUAGAGGAAGCCGAGGUCAUUGACCUUGAGGCCGGGAUGCCCCAGGGAUCGCUGACGAUGCAAGCCGAGUUUGACGAGAUGGUUGUUUGGAACCACGAGUCGGCUGUGGAUGCUUCUGCCGACCCGUACCUGCGAGCCGCCGAGGAGUGGCUCGCCCUUGCCGAGAAGGUA